AUCCUUCCUCUGCCCCGCAGCGGCAGCAGCAGCAGCAGGGCGGCGGACCGUACCCCGCCGGCCAGCCGUACACCUCACCUCCGCCGCACAGAUAUCCAAUGGGCAUGCAGGGGAGGAGCCAAAUGGGCAUGGCCACCAUGCAGUACCCUCAGCAGCAGCAGGUGGCGCCCUACGGGCAGCAGGUGCUGGGGGGCUACAGCCAGCAGGGGCAGCAGCAGCAGCAGCAGGGAACGCCUCCGUACUUCAGCCCCCCUCAGCCCACACCUCAAGGCCCCAACCAGAGCGCUUACCUCCAGCCUCGACCGCCACUGCCCCCACAGGAGGCGCAGCAGGAGAACUUCACCACCAGGGGUCCUGCUCCAGGGAACUCUGGGAAAGCCACUAACGAAGACGGCGUCUCGCAGGACCGUCCCUGCAGUUUACCGGAUCUGUCCGGCUCCAUUGACGACCUCCCCACUGGGACGGAGACGGGCCUGGGCUCAGCCGGCGGCGCCGGCGGCUCCUCCUCCAGCAACAGUACCAACAGCAGCCAGGUGGAGGCGGGGUCGACCUGCAGUCUGACACAGAUUAUUAAACGUGUUUUUUUUGUUUUUUUUCUAAACACUUCCUGUUUGUCCCCUCUGCUGUUCCAGGAUCUGUCCGGCUCCAUUGACGACCUCCCCACUGGGACGGAGACGGGCCUGGGCUCAGCCGGCGGCGCCGGCGGCUCCUCCUCCAGCAACAGUACCAACAGCAGCCAGGUGGAGGCGGGGGCAGCGGGUAACCAGGGGCAGUCACCCUUCUCUCCACACCUCCCCAACCAGAGGAGCGGCCCCUCCCCUUCGCCCGGUGGCUCCCCCGCAGGCUCCACUCUGUCCCAGCAGUCCCGCUCCGGCUCUGGACCCAUCUCCCCCGUCAGUGGCCCCCCCACCAACACGGCCGCCUCUGCCCCAGGCUCUACAGCGCCACCACAGAAUGCUGGGAACGGAGCAGAUGGAGCUCGUCCGCCAGUCACCCGAUCACCCAUGGCUCAGGACAGAGGGUUUAUGUCCAACGUGCAGAGGAACCAGACCUCCUCCCAGUUUGCUCCUCCUCAGUCUGGACCUGCCAUGUCCCCACAUCCUUCACCAGGGGCGCCGUUGUAUCCCGGAAUGGCUCCCUACUCCCAAACUGGCCACUCCAGCUCAUACGGACCACAAGGAUCCCAGUAUGGACAUCAAGGAAACUACCCCCGACCCACCAACUACAGCAGCAGCAGCUACAGUGGACCCGGGAUGGCUAACAGUCUUGGAAUGAAUGCUAGCAGUCCAAUGCACGGCCAGGGUCCCGGCCAGCCCCUGCCUGUUGGACGGAACCACGGACCAAGUGGCCAGAACAGAGCGUACCCAACCAUGGCUCCCAGCUCUCCCAGCAUACCUCAGCCAGCCGGACCAGGAAUGGGUCCUCCUUCGUUGGGUAGUUCUAAUCGCAAGGUUCAGGAGUCGGCAGCGGGAGCGGGAACGGCAGGAGGCGGGAUUACAACGGCAGCGGGAACGGCAGGAGGCGGGAUUACAGGACCUGUCAACUCCACACACAACAGGUGA